AUGUUUCGCGCGCAACAAAAUGCCUUUGAUGAGGUCGUCGCUAAGGCGACCGACGAGAACCUUACCUCAGAAAAUUGGGAAUACAUUAUGGAUGUUUGCGACAAAGUAACCGGUGAAGAUAGUGGCGCUAAGGAUGCCGUUGCAAGCAUGAUAAAGAGGUUGGCGCAUCGAAAUGCUAACGUGCAAUUAUAUACUUUAGAGCUUGCCAAUGCUUUAAGUCAAAAUUGCGGAGCGAAAAUGCACAGAGAGUUGGCUUCGAGAGCAUUCACGGAUGCACUAUUGAGACUGGCGAACGAUAGAAACACACAUCAACAAGUCAAGGCAAAGAUUUUGGAACGGAUGGCUGAAUGGGCAGGAAUGUUUAAAGACCCUGAUUUGGGGAUUAUGAAUGAUCAAUACCACCGCUUGAAGAGCCAAAAUCCCAACUUACAUCCGCCUUCCGCCCCAUCAAAGAAUCGACUCACAGAUUUGGAUCGUCAGAAGGAAGAAGAAGAAUUACAGAUGGCAUUAAAAUUAUCCAUUCAAGACAAAAGCAGUCAGCCAAAACCUGCACAACCAUCAAAUUCAUCCGCAGGUCCGGCACAAUCGCAACAAGCUGCACAGCCACAACAAGUACCAUCUGGGACUACCGCGGCUACUGUCUCAAGAGUGAGAGCACUUCACAAUUUCCAACCUACAGAUGCAGAUGAGUUACAGUUUCGAAAGGGGGAUAUUAUCACAGUUGUAGGAUCAGUGUAUAAGGAUUGGUGGAGGGGCUCUCUACGAGGGAAGACUGGUAUUUUCCCAUUAAAUUAUGUCGAGAAAUUGGUCGAUCCCACACCAGAAGAAUUACAACGAGAAGCUCAAAUGGAGGCCGAGGUUUUUGCGGAAAUCAAGAAUGUCGAGAAGUUACUUACAUUAUUGAGUACUUCAUCAUCUCAAUUAGAUGCCCGUGAUAAUGAGGAAAUUACGAAACUUUACCAUUCUACUCUUGCAAUUAGGCCAAAGCUUAUUGAGCUUAUUGGAAAGUACUCUCAAAGAAAAGACGAUUUCACACAACUCAAUGAGAGAUUCAUUAAAUCAUGUCGUGAUUAUGAAAGUUUACUUGAUGCCUCCAUGACCCAGGCACAACCUUAUCAGUAUGGUCGUCCUGGGCAAGUACCUCAAGGUCCACAAGGUUAUGGGUACCCUCCUCAAGCCGCAAGACCACAACAAGAGCCACAGCGAUAUUAUACACCAUCUCAGUCAGAACCUCCAUAUCAGCCGCAACCAUCUCCAUCUAACGGUUAUCCUCCUCAGCGUAAUGGACCGGCCCCCUUUUACGUUGUAGCUCCAGGUCAACAACCUCCACAAUCAGAGAGUCAUCAACCAUAUCCCGGUCAACAGCCUUCACAACCAGAGAGUCAUCAACCAUAUCCCAACCAACAGCCUCCACAAUCAGAGAGCUAUCUACCAUAUCCCGGCCAGCAACCUCCACAAUCAGAGAGUCAACAGCCAUACCCCCAAAGAGACCCUACUCCUCGUAUUCCAUCAGGCUCACAACCACCCCCUCUUGAAACUAACAGUCCUCCCCCAACUCAAUACCCAACCCAACAACCACAGACUGGUCAUCGCCCCCAAAGUACAUACUCUAACCCACAAGAACUUGCAACUUCUGUCUAUGAUUCUCCGGUUCAACAACAAAAUCCUCAUCCAUAUACUGCAUACGCUGAGACAGACCCAUAUUCAGCCACACCUGCCCCAUCUCAACCGCCUCAACAAUACAAUGCUUACAAACCUCCUCAACAACCAUCGCAACCUCCUCAGCCAUCUUACGAACCACCAGCGCCCCCGGGUUCGUUGCCAAGUCCAGUUCAAGGGAGCCCAUAUCCAGUAUUAGGGGAUGCGAGGUCAACAUUGCCCAGCCAGGGGCAAUAUAAGGCAUAUCAGAGACCAGAUAGCAGUGAUAGUAAUCAGGGACCAAGUCAGGGGUUAGGUAAUGCACCUAGUGCGCCACCUGGAGGCGCAUCCAAUCCGGCGGAUUUUUAUAGGCAAAGUGCUGCUUAUUAA